UCGUAGUUAUAAUAUUGAGGUAUUUAUAGGAGGCAAAUCUAAUGGAAAGGAAUGCAAAGUGGAGAAAGCCUUCUCUCUCUCUCUCUCUCUCUCUUCAAUAUAGAAUCUCCCCUUUUUCUCGCUCUCUCUCUCUCUCUCUCUCUCUCUCCCUAUUAUUGGUGUCUGCUGCUAGAAGAGACGAGUCAUAUAUAAUCAAAGUAAGAGUAACCCCAAGGCGAUCCGUAUAGCCUAAAAGCAACUGUAAGACCAAGUGAUUAACAACAGGAUGGAUGAGAGAUUACUUGGAGCAGAACCAGAAAAUAUUAGAAAUCUGCCAAGGAGAAUUUGGGUGGAAUCGAAAAAAAUAUGGAGGGUUGCAUUUCCUGCUAUGUUAGCCAGGGUUACUCAAUUUGGAAUGUUUGUGGUAACACAGGCAUUUAUAGGGCAUCUUGGUGAAGUGGAUCUUGCGGCUUAUGCACUCAUUCAAAUUCUAACUGUACGAUUUGUAAAUGGGAUACUGUUGGGCAUGUCAAGUGCAACUGAGACUCUUUGUGGGCAAGCAUUUGGAGCAAGGCAAUACCACAUGAUGAGCAUCUACUUGCAAAGGUCAUGGCUUAUCAAUAUUGUUAUUGCAACUAUCUUGCUCCCUGUCUUUAUCUACUCAGCUUCCAUCUUCAAGCUACUAGGAGAGGAAGAUGAAACAUCAGAAGUUGCUGGAUAUAUCUCUUUAUGGUUCAUUCCAAUUCUCUACUAUUUCGCUUUUGGCUUUAGCGUCCAGAAGUAUUUACAAACGCAGCUCAAAAACAGAAUUGUCGGAUGGCUAUCUGCUAUUACAUUUGUACUUCAUGUUCUUUUGUCAUGGAUUUUUGUGAGCAAACUGAACUGGGGGAUUCCUGGUGCAAUGAGUGCGAUGAUUAUAUCUUAUUGGUUAGUGUUAAUUGGAACAUUCGUGUAUGUCUUUGGAGGUUGGUGUCCCAACACAUGGACAGGUUUCUCACUAGCUGCUUUUCGAGAUUUACUACCAGUAUUGAAGCUCUCACUAUCCUCAGGUGUCAUGCUUUGCUUGGAGUUUUGGUACAAUGCUGUUUUAAUCUUAUUGGCGGGAUAUGUGCAAAACGCUACGGUUGCAAUAUCUGCAUUUUCCAUUUGCCUCAAUAUCAUUGCUUGGGAAUUUAUGGUUUUCCUUGGCUUCCUAACUGCUGCAAGCGUCCGGGUUUCAAAUGAACUAGGGAAAGGAGAUGCUAAAGCUGCAGAGUUCUCCGUUAAAAUCAUCUCCAGUACUUCAGUUAUUCUUGGAGUGUUCUUUUGGAUUCUAUGUUUAAUUUUUGGUCAUAAACUCGCUUACUUGUUCACAAGUGAUGAGGAAGUUGUAGCAUAUGUGUCGAGCCUCUAUAUCCUGCUAAGUUUGUCAAUCUUACUCAACUGUGUCCAGGCAGUACUUUCAGGGGUGGCUGUGGGUGCCGGUCGGCAAGCUGUGGUUGCAUAUAUUAACAUAGGUUGCUAUUAUCUGAUUGGGAUCCCAGUAGGAGCUAUUCUUGGAUAUGUGGCCAAACUAGAAGUAGAGGGCCUAUGGAUUGGAAUGAUCCUUGGUGUGGUAAUGCAAUCACUCGUGCUUGGUUACAUAACCUUUAAGACUGAUUGGAAUGACCAGGUGAAUAAAGCAUCAGAACGUUUGAAUAAGUUGUUCUUGAAACCUACCGAAGGAAGUUCUACUGAAGAACCACUGAAUGGAUGAACAGUUCAAUUUCUCUAAAUUGUAUUCGGUUGAUUGAGAUUGAACCACUGAAAGUAGUUCAUUUGAAAGUAUUUGAUAAAAUCUUAAUUUUUCAUCCCA